GGGCCCGGCCGGGCUGUCGCUGCUGGAGCUGCCGCCGGAGCUGCUGGUGCAGAUUUUCGGCUCCCUGCCGGGCCCGGACCUGCCCAGCCUGGCCUUGGUCUGCCGGGCCUUCCGCCGCCUCCUCCGCACCGACACCAUCUGGCGCCGGCGCUGCCGGGAAGAAUAUGGUGUCUGUGAAAAUCUGAGGAAACUGGAGAUCACGGGAGUGUCAUGUCGAGAUGUGUAUGCCAAACGUAUAAAUCCACGAGUGAAGUCAGGGCGCUUUAUGAAAAUCCUUCCCGACUAUGAGCAUAUGGAAUACCGAGAUGUUUACACCUGUCGUAUGUACUGGCAAAUGCUUUCUGCAUUUCUGUUGCUCCACCGAUACCGGCACAUCCUGGGUCUCUGGCAACCAGACAUCGGGCCCUAUGGGGGACUGCUCAACGUGGUGGUGGAUGGCCUGUUCAUUAUUGGCUGGAUGUACUUGCCCCCGCACGACCCCCACGUGGACGAUCCCAUGAGGUUCAAGCCCCUGUUCCGGAUCCACUUGAUGGAGAGGAAGAGCGCCACAGUGGAAUGCAUGUAUGGCCACAAGGGGCCCCACAGUGGGCACGUCCAGAUUGUGAAGAAGGACGAGUUUUCCACCAAGUGCAACCAGACCGAUCACCACCGAAUGUCAGGGGGAAGACAAGAGGAGUUCCGGACGUGGCUGCGGGAGGAGUGGGGGCGGACGCUGGAAGACAUCUUCCAUGAACACAUGCAGGAGCUCAUCCUGAUGAAGUUCAUCUACACAAGCCAAUACGACAACUGCUUGACGUACCGACGCAUCUACCUCCCUCCCCAGAGUUCCGAGGAUCUCAUCAAGCCGGGCCUGUUCAAGGGGACCUACGGCAGCCACGGCCUCGAAAUCGUCAUGCUCAGCUUCCAUGGGAAAAAAGCCAAAGGGACAAAAAUCACGGGUGACCCAAACAUCCCAGCUGGCCAGCAGACGGUCGAGAUAGACCUGGCGCAUCCUAUCCAGCUGCCAGACAUCGAAAACCUCAGCAACUUCAGUGAGCUCUCCCGUCUCGUCCUGGAGGUGCAGCAGCAGGUCCAGCGGGAGCAGCAGAGGCGGCAGGAUGCUGAGGAAGAGGGGGCCGCCCAGGAGGGGCAGGCGCCGCCCCAUGAAGAGCCGCAGCUGGAGGUGCCCUGCCCGGGCAGAGGCGGAGAGGGUCUGGCGGUGGAUGAGCCAGGCUCUGCGGCUCAAGGCUCCCCGCCGGCCCCUUGCCCUUUCGUGCUGCCAGGUGGCAUCGCCUCCAGGAACGAAGACUACCCCCGGACCUGCAGAGCCUGCUUCUACGGGAUGGGACUCAUCGCUGGCCACGGGUUCACCAGUCCGGAGCAGACGCCAGGGGUUUUCGUCCUGUUUGACGAGGACCGUUUUGGCUUCAUCUGGCUGGAGCUGCAGUCCUUCAGCCUCUACAGCCGGAUCAAGGUGGCCUUCCAGAACGCAGACCCACCCUCCCGCGAGGCGUUUGAUGAAAUGCUGAAGAACCUUCAGUUGCUGACGUCCUGAUGGAGGAGAGGUGGCGGGCCUCCUCCAAGAAGACCACGAGAGGAUUUGCCGUUCUCAUCUUCAUGGAGGGGCGGGGGAGGUGGUUCGGGGGUCUCAUGGCGAGGGACAGCAUGCACUUCUCCACACGGCCUUUUAAUCCAAAUGUUCACCUGCUCCUUCGCAUACUAACGGUACUUCCCCUGUAUGCUGUGUCUAGUUUGUAAUAUAGAGAGUGUUCUCUGCCUGUUGGAUAGGUGGCUGGAGGAGGCAGCCUGCUCACCUGCUUUUGGCCCACCUUCCCCUUUGGGCUUUGCUGACCCCCCCCUCCCCCCGGACAAAGGAUUCCCUCGCCUUGCAGGCAGCACAUGGGACUGAGCGGCAAGUGUGAGCCCAUGUCUUAUUAAACUCAUGAUGGCUGAGGGUGGUUCUCUCUGGACAGGGCAGCCGUUCGUUCUUCAAGCCAUUCUGCAGUGUUCUCUUCCGAGGACACCCCACGGAUGGCGCUUUAAAAUGGUGAUGGGUAUUGAGCCUUCCUACCAUGCAGGGCUUAGUCUUCUCCCACUUCCCCCGGGACGCUUUUCUUCCACUGUGAAGUGUAAAAGCUGGCAGGGGUUUUGGGAGGGGCCAGGCCAGGCCAGGCCAGUCGCCUCGGCCUUGUUGGCCCUCUUUGGCCUUUCACUCCACAGGUGGUCUUGCCUCCCUUUCUCUGUUGAUGAAACCGCCGUAGCUCUUCUGGGCUAUAAGGUGCCGCUGUCGUGGCUGAGGGUCAUGCAGGCGGAGGGAGCCGCUAGGCCAGUGGUUCCCAACCUUUUUUGAGCCAAGUAACCUGUGAUGCCACCACCACCACCAUGUUUGCAUAAAAAGGCACUUUUAAUGGAGUAAAAUCAUCCCUUCUCAGAAAGCAGAGGCUUCUUUCCUUCCCCAAAGGGCCUGCUGCUCAUUCAGACACCUGACAGUAUAGGCUAACUUUAAUAUCCCGCUUUGAAAGGUCAAGGAAGAAGGGGUUUAGCAAAGGCUACAACACCUAAAAGCAACCUGUGACUUCCUCAGAAAACACUUUGCCGACCCCCUUGGCAAUCAAAAUAGUUCCCCCACUCCCACCACCACCACCACCACCACCACCACCCCCCCCGGGGUUGGGAAACCCUGCUCUAAGCCCUUCUCUUUUUUUUCUGCCUGUGGGUCAGACCCUUACAGGUCCAAGUGGCCACUUCUUGGGGAGGGGUGGGGAGGCGCUUUUUUUCCUUGAUUAAUUUGCAGUGUUUUCUAUAUUACUGUGGCUAAAGACAGAUCCUUCUGCAGCACCCAAGACAAUAUCUGUGUUCCAUGGCAAAUAAACGGGCCAGGCCUCUUGGCUUAUGUGAGGGCUUCUGCA